AUGACGUCCAGUCCGCCGGAUGAAGCUAUCCAUUUUCGUGGCAAGACUCUGACUCCGGAGAGUCCGCGUCCUCUGCACGUUCCGGAGCCCGCCAAUAUCCCCGUGCUCCAGAAUAUGAUGGAUCCGGUCUUCAACGAUACUUCCACGUACGAGAAAUCGCAGUCUGCUCAGGAGUCUAUCCCGACGUACAAUGAGAACCCCGCGCAAGGAACAUGGCCUGGAUACGUGAGCGGAGGGAACACACAGGGUGCAGGGCCGGCGCAGGGCCAGGAAACAGGUAGCUUCCACUUUGAUUCUCAACAGGUGGAUGGAUCGAUGAACAGAAAUGAGACGAACCUAUCAACCGAUAAAAAUGCACUUCCGUCGCACCGUUCUUCACCUACUGUGGUGGAGGUGUCUACUGCUCGUCCAAAUCCAGCAAACCCAAGUCUAACUGCUGUUCCGUCAGAUCCCACUGCCCUUCUAGAAAAUGCUAUAUCCGAAGGUUCCUCCUCUCAGCGUCCUCCUGCCCCCGAUUCUGCUCCCGCGCCUCCCCAGGAUAAACCCAUCGCGACGGCGUUAGAUGCUCCAGGCCCUGAUUCCCAGCAGCCGCCGCCAUCGCAGGAUGGCCUAGAAACUGAACAACGCAGAGAUGUCGCACCCAAUGCGGCUGAGGACGGCAUUGACUUUCAGAAUCUGCUGGAUAAUUUGUCCCCAUCUGCCUCGACCGCUCCAGCUGGUCUAACAGUCACUGCGACCGCUUCUUCUCCAGCUGAAGACCCUACGCUGCCGCAGACAGCGACGGAUAGGUCCCUUCCCACCCCUCUUGGCCUGCCUCCACGUCCCCCGCCCCAGGAAAAGCCUUUCAUCCACCCCAAUUACACUCCCACUGAUGAUAUUCGUUCAUAUCAUCAAUUCCCCCCGCAGACGUCGUCCACGUCUACGGCAUAUGGUUCGCAGCAAGGUAGCUAUCCAGCCUCCGGGCCGUCACCCGCAGUCGUGGCCCCCGUGGCCCCCGUGGCCCCAGGCGCCCCAGGGACAUCCUCCGGGGCGAGUGAUCUGCCACCUCCCCCUGUUCCUACCUUUCAACAAUCCCAGCCGUCUACAGUCAGCCCCCAGCAAUCUCCCCCUUCCAAUCAGCCCAGCCAAAAAGCUGUUAGAGUCGACAGGCACACGGGAAAGCCGCAACCGGAGGAUGAAGCUCCAUGGGGUCCCGAAGUGCAAAAGAAAUACGAUGAGUUCCUUCAUGAUGAGCGCGUGUAUGUCACUGAAGGUCUCUGGGAUCGUUUCCCUCCCGGAUCCAGAUUAUUUGUUGGCAAUCUCCCCACGGAAAGAGUAACCAAACGAGAUCUGUUUCAUCUAUUCCACAAGUAUGGGAAGCUAGCUCAGAUUUCUAUCAAGCAGGCCUAUGGUUUCAUCCAGUUUCUCGAUGCCAAUGCUUGCUAUGAGGCUCUUCAAGCAGAACAGGGUGGGAUAGUGCGAGGGCGGAAGAUUCAUUUGGAGAUAUCAAAGCCUCAGAGGAAUACUAGGCAAGGUCCGCCUCCGGCUGAGUCCUCCCGUGCCCCUCCGUCGAGGCGCUCACGGUCACCGGACUUUAACCGGAGUGGACCGCCGGGUCGUGGUUCUGGAGAUCGUUAUGACAGAGCCUAUGACUCUGGAAGAGUGCCGUUCAGUGAUUUUAGGGAUGAGCAUCGUCCCCGAAGACGUGAUGAUUAUCGGCCGCCGCGAUCUCCCUCCCCGCGCGGCUAUCGUAGCAGAGAGGGAUAUAGGUCCCGUGAUCGGACCCCUGACAGGUACGAUCGACGAGAAAGACGACGUUCGAGAUCACCUUACGGGAGAGAGCGGCGAUACAGAAGUCCCAGUCCCAGGGCACGUGGUGGGUAUGACAGUGAUUCAGACCUGCCUAUUCCCCGAAGAGCGCCUAGGGAUGUUCCAGACGUGCAGAUCAUUGUCCUUGAUGAUGUGGAUAGAAACUUCAUCUUCCGCAUCGAGGGUGCUUUCCAGAGUCGGGGACUACGAGUUGACGUUAUGGCACCCAGUUCCCGCAUCUCGAUAUCGGCCAUCGUGCAUCGUCAAAUGGUGGAAGGCGUCCUCGCGGUAGUCAAAGUCGCGCGCAACCAUCAGUAUUCUGGCAAGAUCCCCUUGCAGGUCUUCGAUAGGACUGGUGGUCCAGACAAUGUUCGCUUCAAUGAAUACACCGACCUGGACCUCAAUGUAGCCGCCGAAGUGGUGGUUCGUGCUCAAACCAUGCAGCGUGGCGGCGUUCCCAAUCCUACUGCUCCCGCUCCUUUCCCACCAAACCCAGCAUUUGCGACUGCUGCUCAGUUUCCAGCUUUGCAAGCCCAACAAGCUGCAUUACCAGCCCUCUCUAAUCCAGGCAACAUUGCCAGCCUAAUUUCCACUCUGGACGGGCCGACCCUGCAGUCCCUCCUUGGGGCCCUUCAACAGCAGCAGAGGCCAGCAGCAGUACAAUCCGUCCAGCAGCCAUUCCCGGCUGCUCCGGCGGUCAACCAAGCCGAUCUUGCGAGUCUCCUGAACCAAGCUACUCGGCAGCAGAAUCCUGUGCCAGCUCUGCAGGUCCCGCCCCAGCGGCCAUUGCCCGGUCAAUCAUUCGGUUUACCGAUUCAGAAUCCUCCCGUGGUCCCAGAUCCUAAUCUGAUGUCGCUGUUGGCCAAGGGCUUGGGCGGGCAGCAGCCACAGCCCCAGCCUCAGAACCCAGCCGCUAUUGGCCCUCAGGUACAAAACAUUGUCAAUCAGUUGACAAAAUGGAAGCAAUGA